AUGUGGAAAUGGGUGUCAUUUCUCCAUGAAGCGGUAGACCAAAGGAAAGUGUCAAAAAGGUUGGUUUCUGGUUCGAGAAAAAGGAAAAAGGGUGCUAGCGAAGAAGAAGAGAUAGAGGAGCUCGAUGGUAGUUUGGCCAAGUGGCACAUCAUCACCUUGUCUGCUACGUACAAGGAUGAGGUCUCUACAACAGAUAGAUCGGUGGUGGCUGGGAGCAAUGAAGAUUAUAAGAAAGGGGGUCUUGCAAUUCUAUGGGGAAGGGAAAUAGAUCUAUCUAUUAUUAACUUUUCUAAUUCGCAUAUUGAUGCUGUGGUAAAUUGUGAUACUGUAAGAAACGGGUUUUGGUUUUUAACUAGCACAUAUGGAAAUCCAGACUCAAACCUUAGACACAGAUUGUGGGAUUUGAUUAGGUCAUUAUGUAGAAACAAUGAGGAUCCUUGGGAAGGGGCUCAGUGUAUCAGUGAGAGGCUAGAUAGGGGUCUGGCCAAAUCUGAAUGGUGGCACAUGUGUCCUAAUGCUAGUGUUACUCAUGGAUUGGUGGCAUUUUCAGAUCAUGUCCUUAUAUGGAUGGACAUGGAGAGGUCUUGUGGUAAUCAAUUGGCCAUAUGGGAUAGACAUUCUUUUGGUCAUAUGCAAAAAAAGCUUCUUCAAGCAAAACAACACAUGUCGAUGCUUCAUGAAAAGGUUCAUUUGGGGGCUAAUAGAGAGAUGCAUAAAUGGCUUGAAAGGGAUGAGGUUAUAUGGAGACAAAGAUCAAAGGCAUUGUGGCUCAAAGAAGGUGACCAAAACUCAAAGUAUUUUGACCUGAAAGCUUCUCAGAGGAUAAGAAAGAAUAAGAUAGGAAAGCUUGAAGAUGAUAAUGGGGUGUGGCUGGAACCAGAAGGCAGGGAUAGGCUCAUCAUGGAUUAUUUCAGAAAUUUAUUCAAAACUUCUAGUCCAAAUGGUUCAUUGAACUUUCUGGAGCCUUUUGCUGGUAGGGUGAGCAACAAUAUGAAUGAGGAGUUGUGCAACGAAUAUUCUACAGAAGAGGUAAAAGCAGCUCUGCAACAAAUGAAUCCCACAAAAGCCCUUGGCCCAGAUGGCAUGUCUCCAAGUUUUUUCCAAAAAUACUGGAAUGUGGUGGGGGAGUCAGUGACUUCAACCAUCUUGGUACAUUAA